UUAUGCAAAGCGUGUUUACCCCAAAUGUUCACUACAAGGAAGUCCUUACCCAUUGCGACACAUGAUAUGGUUAGAACAUGUAGUAAAAUAACGGUGUAUGCAUCAGUAAUGUAUCAUAUAAUAAAGUUUCAAGCAGGAAGAGUGGCACGCUUCACAGAUCAGGAAAACGUUUCAAUUCAGAGUGUUUAUUUAGUAUGGAUAUUUAAAAUAUAAGAUUCAUGUUACACUAAAAGAGACUACAUUCUUCGUGGAGUGUGUUUGGUGUGCGCUGGUUUAUAAAAGAGAGACGGUUUCGAAUGGUCAAUGAAGACGUGGAAUUACACACUUACCAGUGAAUGUUAAAGCGAUGAAAUGACUAUAAACUUAUGCGAUGCUUGUACGUUGGUAAAAUGCAGUUUUGUCAAAGGUGAAAAAGACAAAAAAAACGUAUAUGUAGCAAAUGUACGUUUAAACGCAAGUUAAUACUACCCAUAAUGUAAAAAAAGAAAAACAGAUACGCAAAUGGACUACGAGUAAUAAUAACCUUUCCAAAUCAUUCAACUCAAGGGCGGACACUUUUCUUAUGGUGUUGAGAAUUUAAUAUAUUGAGAAGUUGGUUUGCAAUUAUUCAUUUAGAGAAAAUAACUGUUUCUUAACUGUUUUUAAUUGUGCUGAUAAUUACAUGCAAACUCUUGUAACUACAAAAGCACAUUAGGAAUAAGUGUGAAUACAAGAAUGAGCAGCCUCGACGCAUUCAUGCAAAGCAAAAGGUUUUGGAUGAUUUCAAGGUUUCCGUGUUUCGUCACUAUGGACCCGGACUCCCCACUCAGGGGUGUGUACUAUUUUCCGGAAAAGCAGGCGCAUGAAAUCCAGUUUGUCCGUAUCGAAGUCAAACAAGACAGCUCUAUCGGUGCAAUUGACCAAGAGAAAAGAGCUUACUUUGUUGGAAAAGAGUUUCUCAUUCCACUUAAAUAUGGAGGAUUCAUACGGCAAAUGAGAAAAACAUUUUUCGGAAUAGACACAAUCUUAGGAAAUCCUCCGGAGAGAAUAGUCCUAGAAGACGAUUCUUCGCUUUUAAAUUCGAAUGAAACUGUCCCCAAAAAUGUCCGGAAAGGUACCAGCCUUGGCUGCUUUGGAGUUUUGGAAGGCAGCGCAAAACGUAAACUGUCUCUGAUGGACAGAAAUGGUGACGUGUAUAUAGUGAAAGAAAAUACUCCUUUGCAUUACUCUGCUUUUGUGGAUUUGAUUCCAAAAGCAAAAAUUGAGGACUUCCUUCGUGUUCACAAAGCUCUUCCACGGGAUAUUAAAUUUGACGAUGUGAGUUUGUCAGAUGUCGCUUCGUCCGAACCUGAAGACUAUGAAAAACUACGGAUAAUACUCCGGGGAAUGAUUCAAAUCAAAUCGAUUGAAAAACAUGAGUUCUACAUUGGAUGGCUACGAACCAGCGGCAAGAACUUUACCGUGUCCCUUAUUCCCAGAAAUGUUGCCGCAAACUGGGAUGUCACUAAUUAUAGACGUGCAGAUGAAAGAGAACGGUCCGAGUAUACCCAUGCUUCUUAUGAAGGAGUGUAUGGGACAAAAUUGUUUACAAAAGAUUUGGGUAUAACCAAAAUUAUUGUUUUAAUUCCCGGUGAAAACACUUCUGCCAAUAAUAUCUAUAUCGAGGCAAUUACUCCAUUGCAACCCAACAAACACGAAGGAGGUGUUCCUGGCGCAGAACAGGGUGAUGGUCGUAGUACAGAUGAAUUGCCUGAAGAACCAGAAUACGCACGUGCAGGUAUUGAAUCAGAACUUAACGAAUACAUGACACCAAUCUCUCUUACUCGUGGUUCUGAUUCAUUAGAGGACACACAAUUGGAGUGUGUCCAACAAACAAGUACCAAAGUAUAUCAAUAUGAAAUUGAUUAUUAUGGUAACAACACUGGUGAAAGCGUUGAAUACGAUGAUCCUAUCGGACUACAAAAGAAAAGGUCGGAUACAAAUGUAAGAGGUGUGGAAGACGAUGUCGAAUACGGUGACACUGCAAGUGUUGCUGGACAUAGAUUUUUGCAGCAGUAACGACAACGUGUUUGAGGAAAUGAGCAAUGACGUAAAACCAUUAAUGUGUUGAACAAACUAAUAACUAUAGUGGUUUGUUAAACAUUAUUGUGUCUUUAUUAAAAUAUAAUCUUGCCAAGAUAUGAAUACAUUUCAUUUCUUCUACCGGAUCGUAUAUUUUCGGAAAAAAGACGUCAGAAUUUGAAAACGUCCUACAUCUUAUGUUUUUUUGAUCUGGUAUUAGUAAUUCAAGUUAAUUUGCUUAAUGUAAACCCCAUUUCGUUGUUUAUAGUAUAUGCCUGUAUGCAGUUAUAUGUAUAUGUUUUGUUUAUAUGAGGAAAAUGUAACAAUAUUGAUAAUAUUUCAGAAAAUAACGGGAUUUCAAUUAAAUAGACGAUAUAUACUUUUAUCACUUCAGGCCAGUUCUUAUCUCAGUUGUAUGAUAAUAAAUCUCAUUAAACAGACAAUCAUAGCUUGUGUGAUACGCAGUAUUUUAACAUUGAUAGUUCCGUUAAAUGAUUUGUAAUGGAAGCAAAGGAUGCAAUUUGUAACAGGGUUAUUUCUGUAGCAACGUUGAUAAUAUGGUGGAUGUCUUAAAUUUAGGACAAGGACUAAGUGGUGAAAGGGGCGUUUUUAACACAUUCAUAUUUGUCUCUUUAUUGGGUCUUUUUAGAUUUUUCAGAGAAUUUUUCCUGAAUACUAAAACUAUUUCAUAAAUUGUACCCUAUACAGUAUUUAUUUAUUUGUUUAGCGAGUUUUAAAGAAAAUAACAAACUGCAAUUUUGCCUUAAAACGUAAAAAGUGAAUGAUGCCAUUGUCCACAUUUCAUGCUUGAAAUAAGCUGAUAUGCAGAGUUAUCUAUCUUCAUGUUCAACAUACAUUGUGUGUAACGUUUAUGUAAGUAAACAAAUGAGGUGUUUAAAUAUAUCAUGUUACAUACAGA